AUGAAGACCACUUCCAACACCGCGCUUCUCUGUGCGUUUAGCAUCAGCCAUCUUCGACCGAGCACCAUGUCGCAACCAACACCUCAGACGUACACGUACAAGACGUUCGUCAACACGGACGGCUCCACGACCCCCAUCCCAGUCGACGUCUACCUCCCCGAAUCCACGUCGAGCGCACCGCUCACGCCGCUCAUCUGGGUGCACACCGGCGGCUUUCUGCAGGGCACGCGCAAGUUCGUUCCGCCGCACCUGCUGCGUGCGCUCUCGCGCCACGGGCUUGCGCUGAUCGCGCCCGACUUUCGUCUGUGUCCGCAGGUGUCGAUUCGCGAGGUGCUCGAGGAUGUCUCCGACUGCAUCGUCUGGACGCUCGACCCGGCCUCGCGCGCCGCGUCGGGCUGCGACUCGGCGCGCAUCUCGAGCGAGCGCUACAUUCUUGGCGGCAGCAGUGCCGGUGGCUGGCCUGCUCUCCUCCUCGGCCUCUCGCUGCACCAACAUGCCACCCGCAUCCCGCGCCCACCUGCGGCAGUCUUCGCCAUCUAUGCCAUCACCACCGUGACGCCCGAGCUGGCGCCGUUCUUCUACGAGCCUCUGCGCCCGCUGCCCUGGGCAGCCGACGGCAAGCUCAUCGAAGAAUCCCCUCUCAAGGCCGAGGGCCAUCUCACAAAGUGUCUCGAUGCGAGUCACGGUGUGGUGGACGCGAGCGGGGUGAAGGUGAGGACGGACGCUCCGCCUGCGGCCAACCCGGUGCGCGCGGCGCUGUACAACUUUGCGCGCCAGGAGGGCUCGUACGCCAGCCUCAUCCUGCAGAGCCCCGAGGAAGCCAGCGAGGUAUGCACGCCGAGCUUGAUCGAGAAGAAGGUCAAGACACCAGGCCCGCCCGUGCUCAUCGCGUACGGAGACUCGGAUCCCAAGGUACCGCAUUCGCAGUCGCUGCAUGUUGUCCAGGCACUCGAGCGUGCUGGCUACACGCAGCCAGGCUCGCUCCGUGUGAUUGCCGUCGAGGGCGCGGACCACUUGUUCGACAUGGAGCCGCACGUUGAAGUGGACGAUAUGUGGGAGUGGCUCUCGCAGUUCUUGUAA